GCCAUUAAACUAAUUGACAGUGAGAUGUGUUUAACUGAAAAUAACUUUUAUUUAAAAAAAAAAACAGACUUUGUUGACCGUGUUUUAGCUGAUUAGACUAUCGUCUCUAUGCCUCAGUGACUCAGUAUAUGAGUAAUGAUGAGGUUUUCAUCAGAAACUGAAGCAGAAGGCUGCUACAAACUGUUGUUUUGCACAUAAGUAAGGAAGGACUGUGUGUGUGUAUCCAGAAAAAUGACUGCUGAGGAGUCAGGAAACGAGGUGGACAUGUGGUCGUCCAUCCGCUGCCUGGGUUACCUGUCCAGCGUAAACCUGCUGGUGGCGGUGUGUUUGGGGAUGUACGUACGAUGGGAGCAUACCUCCGAACCUACCAUCCUAGUCAUCUUUAUUCUAGGCCUGUUUGUCUUAGGCCUCUCCAGCAUUCUCUAUUAUUACUUCUCCAUGGAGUGGGCCAGCCUGAGCCUGUUCCACCUCUGGUUCGGCUUUCUGCAGGGUCUCCUGUGCUUCCUAAACAGCUCUUCUCUGGAGAAUGAUGUUAAGGAGCAAGUAACGAACUACUUGCUAUUAGCCAGUGUGGCCAUGCGCUCUCUGUGGGCGCUGACAGACCGCCUGUGUGGCAGCACCAGCUACCGGAGAGUCGUACUAACAUCAGCCGAGGCUUUGGAGCUCAUGGGUUUCGCCAUAGCCAGCACCACUAUGGUGCUCUCCAAGUCAGCGGCAAUCAUCGCCCUUCUGUUUGCUCUAGGCACUAUUAUUGUAGACCUGCGCAUGAAGUCUCUCUUGGCUAUUCCUAAUCUCAUCUGCUUUUCUGUAGUCACCUCCAUCACCUUCUUCCAGGCUUUAAAAGUCCAGACUAACCCAUUUGCCCUGGGCUGUUUCCUGGGACGGCUAAUUUUUGAACCCCUGAUAGACGUGUACUUCAGCAGCCUUUCAGUGACUGAGCGAUGGAUGCCCUUUUUGUCAGCAGGCAGGCUGUGGCGAAGGCUCUCUCUCUUCCCACUGAGCAUUGUAGAGCUAAUGUUCUUUGUGCUUUGUGCCCUGAAACUGGGACACCUAGAGUUCUGGUACCUUGUUAUACCCGGAUUUUGUGUGUUCGGCCUCUUCUGGGUGCUUUGCCACAUGGUGUUUCUGGUCACGCUCUGGGGCUUCCACACCAAGCUGAGCGAGUCCCAAAAGGUUCAGGCUGCCCAGCGCUCAGACGGGCGCAGUCUAGACAGGAUCAUGGCCUCUAGGGGGGUGCGCCAUUUCUGCCUCAUUUCUGAACGCCUGCUGUUUUUCUGCCUGCUUUCGACUGUCAUCCUGGGGGCCGUGUCAUGGCAGCUUUCUAAUGCACUCUUCCUGAGCAUGUUCCUGGUGGUGCUCUCACUGGAGUCUCUAGCACAUGGGCUUUUCCAUGAAUUGGGCAACUGCCUGGGAGGAACCUGUGUGGGCUACGCAGUGGUUAUUCCAACCAGUUACUGCAGUGCGGAUGGUCAGCCUGUGCUGCUUCCUCCGGAGCAGGUGCAGGAGAUGAACCUACGAUCCACUUCAACACUCAACGCCGUCCAGCGCCUUUUCUCACACCACCUAAUCCAGACAUUUGGCUGUGACUACUCCACCAGCGGACUGAGCCUGGACACACUCCAGGCCAAACUGCGCUCUUUCCUGGAGCUGCGCACUGCUGAUGGCCCCCGGCAUGACAACUACCUCAUCUACUACAGCGGACACACUUUGCCCACAGGAGACUGGGCUCUUACAGGUGGUGAAAGCUUGCGUCUGGGGCAAAUACUCGAUUGGUGGAAGGAGCGCAACAUUGGCUUCUCCUCCCGCCUCAUCCUGGUCCUGGAUACAGAGAACUCUGGGCCAUGGGUAAAGGCUGUGCGAAAGGUGGAGGGGCUUUACGUGGCUGUGCAGGGAGCUGAAAUGAAUUCAGCACGGGAUGCCGAGAGCCAAGACGCCCCUCGCCUGGGAGACUUCACCUCGGAGUGGGUGGAUUACAACUGUGAACCAGAGAGUGGCAUACAGUGGGCAGAGCGAGGGCGUCUCCUCACCGCCGUAUACGGUGUGUCCAAAUGUUGGAGUGACUACAGGCUCCACCUGCCGACCGGCAGUGACGUGGAGAAGCACUGGAAGACCCACUUCCCCCGUGUCACUUACCCGCUGGUGGCUGUGGCUAACUGGUGCUGUGGUCUGAAUCUGUUGUGGCUAUGCAGUGCCUGCCUGCGCUGCAUCCGCAGGCUCAAAAUGGGCUGGUUUCCUCCUUCUAUCCUCGACACAGGGCAAGGAAUCAAACUUGUAAGAUCGUAGAUCUAACUACAACAUGACACAUGACUUGCGCCUUAUUUUCUGUGCCUUUUUUUCUAUUGGUUUAAAUGCUUAUUAUAUCUGUUUAAUUUUGUUUCUCGGAGGUCAUUGUGCGCUUCAUUUAAUUCCCGUACAGUCUAAUUUUGGUGUCUGCAUGCCCUUUACCAUUGCAGUACUCUUUUUCUGGACCAGGGAUGCACUGAUACGGAAAUUCUGAGCCAGUGCUGGUAAUUAAUCUACCAGCAACAUUGCUCAAAUAAAUUACCUGGAAAAUAUUAAUAAAACAGGUGUAGCAAUGGAAAUGUAUAAAAAAAAAAAGAUUUCCUGUCUGUGUUUUGCUUAGUUUACCUUAAUUAAUAAGCUUUUAAGCACAUAUCUGUAAGUGUAUCGAGUAAUUUAGGACAAAACAAUUCAUUAUAUUCAUACUAAAUGUCAGUGGAGCUACAAUAUUGACUCUUUACUGUGUGGUUAUUUUAUGCCAAUAUCAUUUAUUUCUCUAAGAGUGCCAGAUUUUAUUCUCUCAAGCUAGCUUUUUAAGUGCCUUUGACUUUAUGCUUCCAUGUGAACAGGUAAAAAGGUGGUUAUUUCAGUUUCAAGUGCCUCUUUAUAUGAGCAGUUGUGGAAAUUGUGUUGUAGGAGACAUAUAUUUAAUUCAAAAAGCCUGUUUUGCCUCUCUGAUGACACAUUUAGCAAAACAGGAAUUGAUGGGUGUGAUUGGUGUGUCAUGUAGAGUGAAGCUCUGUCUGCCCGUUAGUUUCUCACUACUCUGAAUGAUCUUAGACACUGGGUACAGGCUGUCAAUUUGACCCAGUGGCUUUUUCACUGUAUAGAAACACGCAUAGUUUGUACAGGUUUUUUUUUUUUUUUUGGUACUUCAGUUAUUGUAUUCUCCUAUGUCCUGAAUAAAUGUUUUAUGUAAACAUUUUUCCUACAGUGAAUGAAGAUAAUUACAGUGUUGAGUGUCUAUUUCUAGGUGCAAAACCAUCAUUUGUUCAUCGUCUCCUUUAAUGCCUGUGUUCUAAUACAGUUCAGUACGCAUGCAGUGCUGUUGCAGUACAAAUAUAGUACUUCAAGUUUGGAGAGCAGGACUGAUGAAACCCUCAGUCUGUGUAUUACGUCUCUUUUUUUUAGGGACGGUGAAUGAAGCCUUGUUUUUCUGCUCAGACCUGCAUGUAAACACGCCUCUGAGGCAAUGCUUUUAAGGGCCAUGUUAAUGCUUUUUUUUUAUAGUUCAGGACAAGAGGUCUGCAAAUAGCUAUUCCCUGGAGGCUCUAUUUUUAAACAGCAGGGUGGGAGUGGGGGGGGGUUUCUGCAAAUCUUGAACGUAUACUCUCGAGUCGAUUGUCAGAGUGUGUUUUUAUUAGCAGCAGUCCCCAGCUGCCCAUGUGAAAUAAAGCCAGUGUUUUCUCUUUCAUUAUAUCUGACGGGGGACUGUAGCAGUAUUGGCUAAGGUCAGUGAGUCAUACAUACAGCUGAAAUCAUUUAUAAGAACUUUAUAUUAAGAGAUGGCUUUAUCUCCUAAACCAGAUUAGGUAAUAAAAUAGAGCUCCUGAGCAUAUGUGGGCAAAUGCUGAAUCAGGUCCUGUCAAUCACAGAUUAGAAACCAGGAUUAGACUUUUAGCAAGCAUGCUUUUGUAUAUAUAAAUAUACAUAUAUGUAUGUAUGUGUAUAUAUAAUAUUUUAUACCGAUCAGGCGUAACAUUAUGACCACCCGCCUAAUAUUGUGCCUUUUGCUGCCAAAACAGCCCUGACCCAUCGAGGCAUGGACUCCACUAGAUCCCUAAAGGUGUGCUGUGGUAUCUUGUAAGCAGCAGCUCCUUUUAGUCCUGUAAGUUGGCCUUCAUGGAUCGGGCUUGUUUGUCCAGUACAUCCCACAGAUGCUCGAUUGGAUUGAGAUCUGGGGAAUUUGGAGGCAAAGUGAACACCUCAAACUCGUUGUUUUGCUCAUCAACCCAUUCCUGAACUAUUUUUUCUUUGUGGCAUGCCGCAUUAUCCUGUUGAAAAAGGCCACAGCCAUCAGGGAAUACCAUUUCCAUAAAGGGUGUACAUGGUCUGCAACAGUGCUUAGUUAAGUAGUAUAUGUCACAAGUAACAUCCACAUGGAUGGCCAAGGAUUCCCAGCAGAACAUUUCCCAAAGCAUGCCAAAGCCUCCGCCAGCUUGCCUUCUUCCCAUAGUGCAUCCUGGUACCAUGUGUUCCCCAGGUAAGCCACGCACACGCACUCGGCCGUCCACAUGAUGUAAAAGAAAACAUGAUUCAUCAGACCAGGCCACCUUCUUCCAUUGCUCCAUGGUCCAGUUCUGAUGCUCACAUGCCCAUUGUUGCCGCUUUCGGCGGUGCACAGGGGUCAACAUGGGUACCCUGACUGGUCUGCGUCUAUGCGGCCCCAUACGCAACAAACUGCGAUGCACUGUGUAUUCUGACACCUUUCUAUCAGAACCAAGAAUAAAUUUGAGCAACAGUAGCCUGUCUGUUGGAUCGGAUGCUCCCCACAUGCAUCAAUGAGCCUUGGCCGCCCAUGAUGCCCCUGUCGCCGGUUCAUCACCGUUCCUUCCUUGGACCACUUUUGAUAGAUACUGACCACUGCAGACCGGGAACACCCCAUAAGAGCUGCAGUUUUGGAGAUGCUCUGAUCCAGUCGUCUAGCCAUCACAAUCUGUCCCUUCAUCAAACUCACUCAAAUCCUUACUCUUGCCCAUUUCUCCUGCUUCUAACACAUCAACUUUGAGGACAAAAUCUUCACUUGCUGCCUAAUAUAUCCCACCCACUAACAGGUGCCAUGAUGAAUUAUUCCAUCAGUGCCAUCAGUAUUAUUCACUUCACCUGUCACUGCUCAUAAUGUUGUCUGAUCGGUGUAUAUGUAUCUCAAAUAUAUCCCAUAUAAGUUGUUUAGUUGUUCAUUAAAAUACUAAUUACUUAUUUUGAGUGAAUGAUUUAUUAAAAAAAAAAAAAAAAAGUUUAUACACUGAUGCUUCAUUGAUUUGAACGCCUCUCUAGUUGUGCACUCAUGGGGCAGCACACUCACUGCCCUACUUACUCUAGCUUCCACUGAGUUAUUAAUGCACCCAGUGGGAAAUGGGAAUUGCAGCUAGCACUAAUAGAGGCCCACUGAGGUAGGAAUCGCACCAUCUCAUGAACAGUUUCAGUAGAGCAUGAGUAGUGGACCGGACAGUCAGUGAUAGGGUUAUCAGGGCUGCUGUAUUUUAUUUUAUUAUUUUUAUUUAUUUAUUUAUUUAUUUAUUUAUUUAUUUAUUUAUUUAUUUAGCCAGCCAGCCAGCCAGCCAGCCAGCCAAAUUGGGCUAGUUCAAACCCACUCAUUCUAAAAUAUGUGUGUGCCACAGUGACCUUAUUUCCCACAUGAAAUCUUUUGGGAAGAAAAAAAAAGCUGUGUCCCUUUUCCAGUUUCAGAAUUUUGGGGCUAGUUUCAGAUGCUUUUUUUAUAUAGGAGGGUAAUUCUGGUUAAUGAUGUUAGUGUCACACUGGUGACAGGAAACACAUCUGUGAUGGAGCUGGAGGUUUUCCUGCUUCCUGUUUUAAUUCUUAAUCAAUAUUUAAAUGUUAGAACUGAACUAUUAUGUUUUGUAUUAUUCUCAAGUUGCAAUAAUGUAGGCAGUAUGAAGUGUUUUCUUUUAUAGUUUUCUAGACGUAUCGGAUACUGAAAAGCUAUCUAGAGCUCAUCAUUCUGCCUGUGCUAAUUAAUUUGUGCCGUUUUAACACGUUUUAACAUAACAAAUCAGGCUAUUCCUGUAUAAUUACAGGGAUAAUAGCAUGAAGAAGCUAGUUUAAUUUAACAGGCCAGUGAACCUGCUGAUACUCUUUGACAAACCACAAAGAACUGUACUGGCUACUGCUGUUAAUUCAGGUCCAUGCGGUCGUCACAUGUUUUUAUAUUUAGCUAUUAUUUUUGAUUAAACUGAUGUUUCUACUA